CUCCCGCUCCCGCUCCCGCUCCCGCUCCGGCCCGACUCUGCCGGCCGCCCUCGCCGCGCCGCCUCGCAGCGCCCCGGCCGCCGGCCCGCGCCCCCCGCCCCCACCCCCCGGCCCUCCCCAGCUGCUGCUCCCCGGCGGAGGCAAGAGGUGGUUGGGGGGGACCAUGGCUGACGUUUUCCCGGCCAACGACUCCACGGCGUCUCAGGACGUGGCCAACCGCUUCGCCCGCAAAGGGGCGCUGAGACAGAAGAACGUGCACGAGGUGAAGGACCACAAAUUCAUCGCCCGCUUCUUCAAGCAGCCCACCUUCUGCAGCCACUGCACCGACUUCAUCUGGGGGUUUGGGAAACAAGGCUUCCAGUGCCAAGUUUGCUGCUUUGUGGUCCACAAGAGGUGCCAUGAAUUUGUUACUUUUUCUUGUCCGGGUGCGGAUAAGGGACCCGACACUGAUGACCCCAGGAGCAAGCACAAGUUUAAAAUCCACACUUACGGAAGCCCCACCUUCUGUGAUCACUGUGGGUCAUUGCUGUAUGGACUUAUCCAUCAAGGGAUGAAAUGUGACACCUGUGAUAUGAAUGUGCACAAGCAGUGUGUGAUAAAUGUCCCCAGCCUCUGCGGGAUGGACCACACAGAGAAGAGAGGGCGGAUCUACCUGAAGGCGGAGGUUGCCGAUGAAAAGCUCCAUGUCACAGUACGAGAUGCAAAAAAUCUAAUUCCUAUGGAUCCAAAUGGGCUUUCAGAUCCUUAUGUGAAGCUGAAACUUAUUCCUGAUCCCAAGAAUGAAAGCAAACAAAAAACCAAAACCAUCCGCUCCACACUAAACCCCCAGUGGAAUGAGUCCUUUACCUUCAAAUUAAAACCUUCGGACAAAGACCGACGACUCUCUGUAGAAAUCUGGGACUGGGACCGAACAACCAGGAAUGACUUCAUGGGCUCCCUUUCCUUUGGAGUUUCGGAGCUGAUGAAGAUGCCGGCCAGUGGAUGGUACAAGUUGCUCAACCAAGAAGAAGGUGAGUACUACAACGUACCCAUUCCAGAAGGGGACGAAGAAGGAAACAUGGAGCUCAGGCAGAAAUUCGAGAAAGCCAAGCUUGGCCCUGCUGGUAACAAAGUGAUCAGUCCUUCAGAAGACAGGCGACAACCUUCUAACAACCUUGACAGAGUGAAACUCACCGACUUCAAUUUCCUCAUGGUGCUGGGGAAGGGCAGUUUUGGGAAGGUGAUGCUUGCUGACAGGAAGGGAACAGAAGAGUUGUAUGCUAUCAAAAUCCUGAAGAAGGACGUGGUGAUUCAAGAUGACGAUGUGGAGUGCACCAUGGUGGAAAAGCGAGUCCUGGCCCUGCUUGACAAGCCCCCGUUCCUGACGCAGCUGCACUCCUGCUUCCAGACGGUGGAUCGACUAUACUUCGUCAUGGAAUACGUCAAUGGCGGGGACCUCAUGUACCACAUUCAGCAAGUAGGAAAAUUUAAGGAACCACAAGCAGUAUUCUAUGCGGCCGAGAUUUCCAUUGGAUUGUUCUUUCUUCAUAAAAGAGGAAUCAUUUAUAGGGAUCUGAAGUUAGACAAUGUCAUGCUGGAUUCGGAAGGACAUAUCAAGAUUGCUGAUUUUGGAAUGUGCAAGGAACACAUGAUGGAUGGAGUCACGACCAGGACCUUCUGUGGGACUCCAGAUUAUAUUGCCCCAGAGAUAAUCGCUUAUCAGCCAUAUGGAAAAUCCGUGGACUGGUGGGCCUAUGGUGUCCUAUUGUAUGAAAUGCUGGCAGGGCAGCCUCCAUUUGAUGGCGAAGAUGAAGACGAACUGUUUCAGUCUAUAAUGGAGCACAACGUUUCUUACCCCAAAUCCUUGUCCAAGGAGGCCGUUUCCAUCUGCAAAGGACUGAUGACCAAACACCCCGGCAAGCGGCUGGGCUGUGGGCCCGAGGGUGAGAGGGACGUGCGAGAACAUGCCUUCUUCCGGAGGAUCGACUGGGAGAAACUGGAGAACAGGGAGAUCCAGCCGCCGUUCAAGCCCAAAGUGACUUUCUGUACCAAAAUGCACUGGCUUCAGUGGGCAUCCAGGCCUUCGUGUGGCAAAGGAGCAGAAAACUUCGACAAGUUCUUCACACGAGGGCAACCCGUGUUAACGCCACCUGAUCAGCUGGUCAUUGCUAACAUAGAUCAGUCUGAUUUUGAAGGGUUCUCGUAUGUCAACCCCCAGUUUCUGCACCCCAUCUUACAAAGCGCAGUAUGAAACUCACCAAGGAGAACAAACGCAUCCCCAGCCCCCAGGACCCCCUACCCCCAGCAGUGGGAAAUGAUCCUUCACCCUAAAAUUUUAAGGCCAUGGCCUUGUUUCUUGUUCCAGAUGGAGGCCUGAAAAUUGUAGGGUUAUUAGUCCAAAUGUGAUCAACUGUUCAGGGUCUCUCUCUCACAACCAAGAACGUUAUCUUAGUGGAAGAUGAUACAAUGUGCAGUGUCCAGUUUAAUUAUGUAGAAGUCACAUCUGGCUGUCAGUUAACCCUUCCUAGAAAGCAGACACUCUUGCCCCUUUUUUGGUACGAUUUGAUAUAUUUUCCAUGCCCUCUGUCAAUUUUCACCAUUGAGAUCCCUCAGGCAGAGUGAUAAAGUGAACCUGCCCCCGUCCAGUUGGCUGGAAGCGUGUCCAGCCAAGCCAAGACAUCUUGGAAUUGAAAGAACAGGGCACCCAGAGGGUGGUGAGCAAGGCGGGACUGGGGGCGGGGAGGCUUCAAAAUGCCCACUGCUUGUGUUCUCUGCCUCGAGGGAAACAGUCCCUGGAAUCUGAGAGGCCAGGAGGAAUCUAGUCCUACUGGCGAGUCAUUUGCCAGCUCGCCGUUCCCAGACGUUGACAGUUGUAACCCAAUCAUGGUCCAGCGGUUACCAGUUUAAAAAAAGAGAGAAAGAAAGCCUCAAAUGAGCGUUCGGUGAAUCUGUCAUCUUGUACCCUACUUGGUUGAUAACUAUCUUGAUACUUGCAUUUCUUUUUAAGAGGCCAAAUCUUCUAAGGACUUUGCUAAAUGAGCAUGUGAAAUCAUUUCAGAUCAAGGAAAAAACCAGUGUGUAUGUCUGUUCGUUUUAAUCUCUGGGAGAUUAUUCUGCGAUCCAGGGUGCCAUCAGCAAUCAUGCCACUACUCACAAGUGUCAUUAGCCAACCUCCCCCCCCACCACACUCCCUACUUCCUGAGAAGCUGAAGUGUACGCCCAUCCCCUUUUGUACUUAUUUAUUUAACAAGCUGCAGUAUCGUUUAUGAGAGUACGAUGUACAGUAACUUAAUCAAGUGUUGACUCGAGCAUCUGUCUCUGUUGACUGGUCUCCCCCCUACGCCCAGCCCUUGACAUCCACUUAGGGGUGAAAACCAAGGCAGUCUUAGUUCCCAUUUCAGUUCAUUUGGAAUGACACACCUGGAGCUGUAUAAUCAGGAAAACUGGAUAGCAUAUCAGCUCAAAGAUGUUUUAUUGCUAGAAGGAUUUUAAUAUGUUUUGCAAAUGCAUCAUGCAAUGAAUUUUGCAUGUUUAUAAUAAAUCUUAAGUGAAUCUAUAUUAUUGAUAUAAUCGUAUCAAGUAUAAAGAGAGUAUUAUAAUAAUUUUAUAAGACACAACUGUGCUAUAUUUGUGUAAAGCUCUUCUUUCUAACCGGCUUUUUAUGAUUUUUAGCUUAAUUCUUCGCUGCCGUGCUACCCCACCCCGCGCAUACCCUGCAUAUUGGCACUGUAUCAGAUAUAUUAAUUUUUUACCAUAGACCUAACUUUGAAAAUGAAUGGUUACUUUACAUGAUCCAUUAGGCUUAAAUAUAUGUAUAUAAAUAUUUGAUUCUACCUGCAAACAAAAGUUUUGUUUUGGGGGAUUAUUUUUGGGAUGAGACUCUUAACCUCCUAACGCCAUCUUCUGGUUCCUACGCCGCUCUUCCUCUUGGGGACCACGGGAAGUGUUUGACUCCGGGAUGGCUGGUAUGUGUCAUCCCAGCCCCCCAGGCUGGAAUCUGUUUUGUUCCUCCUUCCAGCCUUGUUACUGUUAGUGACUUGGGGUGGGAGGGACAGGAAGACGCCCUUCCUGGUAUGUGCUCGAGGACCCCAGAAGCACGCUGCCCGACUGCUGGCCCUGAACGACCAGCUGUUUGCUCCAGCGCAGACAGACUUCCUGAGACGGACGGUCCUGCAGCCCUGGGUGGAGCCAGCCCUGGAGCCACGGGCAGACUCUCUUUCGAGCCUGCAGAUUUUCUCCCAGCCUUGAGAGAAAUGGCCUUUCCCGUCUUGUGAGGAGCCUUCUGUGGGACACCAUCCUAUUGUGAGGUCCUCAGAGGAGCAAGCCUUCUACACAGGAGGGAAAUGCCCAAUGGGAGCAGCUGUCUCUCCUCCCAGAGGGCAGCUCUGUUUCCCCUCUUUCCCACGGGCGUCUCCCAGCUCAGCACCACCUCGUUUUUACUCGCUGGCUGUUUGCCUGAAAUUCUUGUAACGCACGACCCCAGAAAGGGCUUUCAGGUGAGAGGCAUGGGCUGUCCUGGACACCGUCAACUGGAGGAAGAGAGAGAGUGGGUGUGGGUCAGACGACUUCUCCAUCUUUUAGGGGGGGUGGACUUCAAAACUCAGAAGGGGCCCCUGCACAACCAGAGCUGCAGUCCUGCUGGUCGGUGCACGUUUUGGGGACGCUUCCUCCCCAGGUGCACCUGAUUCAGGGUGACAGAAAAGGAACCAGUUUAUAGAAAGAGCCUGGAGAGAAAAGGGCCAGGGCCAGUAACCCACCCUGCCCCCGAAUGGAGCUCCAGCAGAACUGAUCCCCAGCCAAGCCCCUAGAGGUGAAGAAAGUUCCAGAAAGGAACACAGAGGGUUGUGGACCGGUUGUUCCAGAGCCCCAUGCUGCCUGCUUGUUUUAAGCAAGCAGCGGGCUCCGGCUCUCCCUCAAACAGCCAACACAUUUCCAAAUUAUUCCUAUUUCUCUAGGAAACAUUCAACAUCGCAGCCAGCUUGUGUUCUUUCAGAAUGUGUGGCCAGGUUUUAAAAGAAAAUGCCCUGACGGUGGAACCCAGCAUUCUGUCCAAGGGACGGCAGGCUCGAGCACAAACCUGGGGGGCAGCAGUAAAAAUCAGGGCCCGGUGAAGUGUUUCUACAGUGUAGCCUGGUCUGUGCGUUGCUGUGCACUGAAUUUGAUGAAGGUUAAUGCUUUGAAGAGCUGAGCAGCCCGAGACAGUCAUUGCUGAAAGGAUAAAUCAUGUGGGAAAAGGUUAACCACUGUUAGCCACAGGAGCGAUUUGUGAAAUUCUCUGGCACUGUCCCAGUCACUUAUGGGCGUUGUGUAAAACAGAACAGUGGGGAGGGGGCUGCCCUUCUAACUGCAGCAGCCCUGUUAGAGGCCGGAAUGGGGAGGACGCCUUGAAGGGUCAGGUCACCGGAGGACUCUAGGAAAUACCAGCCCCUGAGCACUGCCCAUCUCAUUGGGGCCUGUGGAGGUCCGGCCGCCUGGCAGGAUCUAGCACAGUCUGAGUCUCCAUCAGACUCACUGGUCCGUGACUCCAAAAAGCCAUUCAAAUUGGCUUGCAUUGUUUUCCCUUGGAAGGUGGCCACUGCUCAGCGGUGGAAGCUCCCUCUGAGGCUGCAGGCCGGUGGGUUGGCAGCCUUCUCCUGGCAUCUCGUCUAAAGCCAUUAGUUGCUUGGUUUGAAUGGAAGAAACUGGAGUGUGCUGCCAAUUGCAACCCUCAGAGGUUAAUGGGAGGUUCACCCAAGGCAAGAACUAAUUCAAAGGUCUGUACGAAACCCCAGGAACCGAAAUGGUUGCUCUUCAGCACAUCUACUUCCCUCUUAUCCUCGUGACAAGUUAGUGCAGACUCCCUGCCUUCGCUUAUGAGAUAUGUCAGGCUUGCUUAUUGGGAAUUUUGGUAGAAAAUCAGAGGGUUGAGAGCUCUUUGGAAACUUGACCUGAGACAGUCAUUGAAAGAUUAUGAAAGAUCGAGAUGAAUGCAAGCCCGAAAACGAUCGUUGAGCACCUCUCUGAGCUCCAGUUCUUGGCAGAGCGUGAUGACUUGCUGGAAUGAGGGUACAGACCCCAAGAGAACCACCUGUUGAUGUUCUGAGAAGGGAGAGGUCAGUGGAGGCUAAAGUCGGCAAGGAGUUUCGAGAAGAGCAGAGUUUGAGUGUGUCUGGAAGGAUGCUUGCAGUAGGAGAAAGCAGGAAGGGAGGCGAAGGAGAGGGCAUCUUGGUAAGGAAGCUGCUGCCAUUUUUAAUGGCUUUCACUUGGAGGUCAUUGGUGCAGGUGAAAGUCACCGUCUGCUGGUCCUUGAGAGCGAGUUUAUUGUCAGGGAUACAGUCUAUUCCUCCCCAGAAAGCAUCUCCCAAAUGCCAGCAGCAUCCUCACCAGCUGCUAGAAGCCCCCUUCCCCUCCCUACCUUGACAUGACUCAGAAUUCCUUGGUUCCCUGGGCAGAGCCAAAUCCUCUAGCCUACCCUGGAAGCCAGUAGGUUCCCAGCCAUUUGUGGCUUCCUGUUGAGAAUUAUGGCAGCUGGGGAUGGAUGGAGAAGUUGCAAAAACAACUAACACUGCAGUUCCCACCUGAUUCCACUUAGCAGGAGAACUUUGAGCUUUUUGCUGGGGUUUGUUUUCUCAGUACUGAAGGAGGAGGAGGAAAGUGAGAGUCUUCUGUUUUUAAAAGCCUCAGAAAGGCAACACCAUGUGUCAGUCAUUUUCUCACUUUGGUCUUAUGAAGUCACCUAUUUCUUGUGUGUGUAUAUCACACCGUUCCCUGUUUCUUUAAACCCAGCAAGGGCAGGAGUGCCUGUUCUCCCGCUGAGCACGCUGAACAGUCAUGACCAUCAAAUGGAUACUGAGCCAGGGUCCCAAAGGAGGAUGACCGUAAGGGUUACAGGAACAGCAAAGGCAUGACAGUUAUAGUGAAGGAAAAGGAUGCUCUGGUUAUUAGUGACUACACACUAAUUUGUCAAGGAGUGUUGGGAAAUAUUUUUAAAAAUCAUUUUCCUCGAGCUGCUUGGUUACAUAUCAUGAAAUAUACCAGGCUGUAAACACUUCUGUCAUUUCCCAUUUGGGCUGAUCCCACAAAUCUAGAGAAUGUUACAUAUUUCUGCUGUUAGAAGACACAGAAAAAUGGAAAAGGUUACCUGAGUUAUGCAUGGAGGAACAGUCGUCUGGAAAUGGUGUCAGCCACGAUUCUGUCAAUUCCAUAAUGUCAGGGACCCGUUGGGAGGGUGGAAAGUGGUGAGCACUUAGUAUCCAUGUAAUCAUGUGUCAGUUAAUAACCGUGUAGGUCGAACUCAGUAGUCAAACAGCCUUACACUGACCCUACACCAUGGCCCGCAAGUUCCAAAGACUUUUUUUAAAACUUAAGAAUUAAUUUGUUAAUUCCAAUAGAACAACUGAAUAUACUGGGCUAUUUGUACUUUUUUAUAGAGAACUUUAAUAACUCAAUUCUUUAAAAAUAAGUUUUUAAAAUAAAACUGACGAUUUCAUAAGAUUCCAAUCACAUGGAGCCUUUAGGAGGACUCAACUGGGGUCAACUAGAGCACCCCUGACCUGCACUCGCAGUGCAGGAUUUUCCCAUGCCUGUGGAGUAUGGAGUCCACAUCAGAAUGACUAGAUGUUCAGGUGGAACGUGUUGGCUGACUGAUGCCCUCUGUUUUUAAUAGACACUGGGGACAACUCUCUAAGGUCUAGAAACUUUCAGACCAGAGGAAAGAUGGCUUUAUUGUUCCCCUUCAAGAAGCAGCCCUAGGAUAGCAUUCCUGGGGGUCCCCGGGACCCCUUUCCUUACUCUAUGAGGCUCUGUGACCACCUUUGGCUUUGGGGGAAGGGCACUGUCUCAGCUCUGUCUGUAGUCUCCGUGGGUCCCCAGGUCCCUCACAGUCAGUGAAAAUUCAGAGAUGCCCUACAAGGAUUUUGCCCACUGGGCAAUUCAGAAAUCCUUCAGUCUCCCCAAGAAAGGAGAGGCGGCAGCAGAGGUGCCCACUGGCGUCUGUUUCACAGCUGUCUCUCAUGCGAGGAGACAGGACCCUACUUUUCAGAAAAUAGGGAUCAAGUCCACUUUCUAAGACCCUUUUUUCUAAAAUAAGACAAAAGAUGGCUUUGCGUUUUCUGAUUAAACAACUGUGUCUUUGUUUCCUCUGCUUAGCUUCAGGGGUAUUUAUUCCUGUGAUCGUUCGUAGAUUUUUGUUGAUGCUCUUCCUGGAAGAAUGUGAGUCUUUCCUCGAGGAGAUUAGUGGAUUCUUCAAAAUCCUAUGUGAAGGCAGUUAUCCUUUUGAGUCUAAAUGAUCUAAAAAUUCACCUCACUUCCCUUCUGUUAGGGUCUUCCAGAAUAUCUUUUAUAGAGGGUCAAAAACAUUUGAAAUCAUUGCUUUUGCUUCAUGAUUUUUUUUUUAUGAAGGACAUGCCACGUUUAAACCAUUAAUUGAAAAGCGUCAUAUAAGACCCCAAAUUUGUACAGAGGAGAAAGUGGAGGGGAGGGAGGUUGAGGUUUUCCUUUGGUUUAAGCACCUCCUGACAGGACGUAGACGCCAUUCAACAGUCAGAUAACAUUUGGUUUUUAGCAGGCGCGAUGGGUGUGUAAAUUACCGCGUUGCUUCCCUCACGGCGUAUGACCUCUAAUCUUUGUUUGCAUGAUAUGCUUUGUUAGAUACAUUAAUUGUAGUUUGGAAGCAAGUGUGUAUGAAUAAAGAUAACGAUCAUUCCUUAGUGA